UCCUGCUGUCGGGAAGGGAGGGAUGGGCAGUCCAUCACCGCUCCUUGGAAGAGCCUGGCAGCCCCUUUGCUGCGAAUAUCAAGUCCAAUACUGCCCAUCCUCCAAGGUGCAAACUUGCUCUGUCAACAGCGUAACCCAGUCUCCACAGGAACCCCCCCAGGACUGCAGCAACAAGGGAAGCACCAGGAUGGCUGGAUAAAACAAAAAGUUUUGGCUGUUUGAAAUGAACGAAUUUGGGUCAGCAGUGGCUCACACCAAGCAGGACUGAGAUAACUCAGGGCAGGACUCUCCGGCACCGGUGUGGAGCUGCAGCUGAGUUUCCCCGCCGUACCCAGCCGCCGAGCACACAAGAAGUGGCGUGCUGGUUUCUAUGGAGGAUGUUUCCCUGUUGCUCCAGCUGGCAGGUCGCCGGGGGCCUCCCUUAAGCUGCCCGGGGAAAGCCAAGCCUGGGUGAUGUGCUUCCAUCAGGACUCCAUCCAACGCACGCCAACGUCUCCCUGCUGAUGCCAUCCCAUCUGUUCUGAAAAACAAGGGUUUCCAGACCUCCCAUGGGUCCAACGAUUGGGGUAAUCAAUUGUCAUCAUUGCACAUGUUGCUUUUAAUUUUUAAAGCUCUGGAUUGUCUUCCCAUCUCUGACAUGGUUAUUCCUUUCCUUUGCCCCUGCAGUGAGGGUCAUGCUAUUGCCUCUGCUUUUCAAGGGUUGGUGACAGGACAGUGAGUCCAAGGGAUGCCCAUCCAGGGCCAGACCCCAGACCUCGAUAAUCUGACAAAUCCCUCUGGUUCCCCUUUCACCCCGGCAUCUUUCCUCCAUCAUCCUGGCUGCCAAUUUUUAACCCGUGACUGUUUCUUGCCUGCUGGCAUUUGGCUGACCUGUCUUGAGCGUCACUUCAGUUACGAAAAGGGGAAAAAAAAAAAAAAAGAAAGAAAACUGUUCUUCUCAUAUACAAUUUACAUAAUUAAGUAAGAGCUCAUUAGCUCUUCCCUUGUUUCCUCACCAAGGGUGUGCACCAGGCUCCCUGGGAACGCCGCCGGUGCCGCUUCCUCUGCUCCAAGGGAAAUUUUUGCUGCAAUUGCAGGCAGCAGCUGGGAAUUGGGCAGAGAUUACCAGCCUCGUGCUGCUGAGGAUCCUUCCAACAACUCAGCAAGGGCAAAUGCAACCUGCUGCGGAUUUGGACCUGCCCGUUGGCUGUUUUACAGUUCACGGGGUUGAGGGAAGCACGUUUGGUGCAUUCGGUGCACUUUCAGCUGGAUGCAAUGCUACGACUAGCCUGGGCACACAGUCUAUUUGCCUAGUCCUCCCCUGGUGACGGAAAUAGGCUCAAGAUUGAGCUUGGUUAUCAAUAAAUUACUCACCCAGCAAAACUUUAUAGAACAGCCCUGGCCCACAGGCAGUGGCACACGAGAUACACCUGCAUUGCAACAGGCACAGGCUCAGGCUGCUGCUCUCACCCAGAGCAUCGUGGCUGCUCCAGAGGUUGGCUGUGGGAUUAGAGGGGUGUCUUUGCCACCUCCAUGUCAUCAAAUUCCACCCAACCUUCCCUACUGGGUACAAGUCAUCCAAGAAGAUUGUUUAACUGCUCUAUUUUGUUUGUUGGCUAGACUGAGCUGUCUCCAGAGGGAUUACCAAAACAACCAAACUAGCCUUGGAGCCCACAGCAUGGGGAACCAGCCUGGGGUUUGCACCAGUGCCACCACAUUCAUGUGACAGCGUGGCCCAGCUGGCAAACCCUGGUUCCCCAAGGAGAGUCUGGGUCUGAAAGGUUGGUGUGAGAACAUGCCUGGUCUGCUCGAAGACCUUGGCUGUAUCAGUUUUGCUCAGCAGCUAAUUUUGGCAGAGUAAUCAUAGACUUUGCAGUCAAAGUCUUUGCUGGUGGGUAAAACUUCCCUUCUGCCCCUGGGCUGGUGGACUUCUAAAGGUCUGGGUGAAAUUUCUGUCCUUCUGCAGGGUGGGAGCUUUGGGCUGUGCAUAAUCAUCACCUAAGUCACCUGUGCUCCUGAAAACCAAGUGACUUCUUCUGGCACUGAGGUGGGUGCUGCGUCCCAAAACCUUCUCGUUCCUGGGCAUCUCAGAUCUCCAAAUACCAGGGAUGUGACAAUGGAGAUAAUUGUCCACCCACCUGAGGAGCCAGACUGAGAGUAGGGUCCCCCAUAUCCAGCGGGCAAAGGUCCCGAGUGCCAGGACACUGAUGGAGAAAGGUCUUGCCAACUUUCUGAGUCACACACCUUUUACUGGCACCCCCCGUCCCAUUGCCAGCAACCUUCCCACCAUGGGGGGUUUGGACCACUGGCAUCCUUGGGGGAAGGUGAUGCCACUCGGCUUCCUGCAUCCCAACACCUCCAAGGGAGUCGGGAACAGCCCCUCUCCGGGGGGGGCUUGGCAACAUGGCUCCACGUAACCCCCCCGAUGGUCCCUCCUUUUGCUCGUGUCCUUCUUCCCGAACGCGAAAUGAUGCAGCGAUGCCAAGAUUUCCCGCCUCCGUGGGAGAGGGAAACACCUGUGGGUGAGAGAGCUGGUCCCUUUCACUAGCUCAUUAAUUCAGCAAAUUACAAAGGGAAAUACGUGCUGGGAAAAGCAAGAAAAAUCCCAAAAGUUAAUCCAAGAGUUAUUUCCUCCCGAUACCUGGAUAAAAGCGUGUUCUUCGGAGCUCUUCAGGUCAGACGUCGACAAGACAGGUGAACCCACAUCAAAGAGCAAGGUCUUCCAGGCAGCAGCAUGAAGGGAUCCCACUUGUUCCUCUGCCUCCUCUCUGUGUCCUGCUGCUUGAAUUUGAUGCCGACAACGGGGAACAAAAUCUUCCACUUUGGACCCUGCAGGGUUUCAAUGAGUGUGACUGAGAUCAGGUCUGGUUUCACCGCAAUUAAAGCCAACAUCCAAGCCAGAGACACCAUCAGGACCCUGAGCAUCUUGUCUCAUCCCCAUUCUCUGCACAAGGUUAAGCCGUUAGAUAGAUGCUGCAUCACCCAUCAGCUCUUCAACUUCUACGUGGACAAAGUCUUCAAACACUGCAAGACGGAGGAUUCGUUCGUCAACCGAAAGAUCAGCAGCAUCGCCAACUCCUUCCUCAGCGUGAAGAGGAAACUCGGGCAAUGUAAUGAGCAGAAUAAGUGUCUGUGUGGAGAGGAAUCUGCUGAGAAAUUUAAGCAAAUACUUGCAAACUACGAAGGGCUGAAUGUCACAUCUGCAGCGAUUAAAUCCCUAGGGGAGCUGGACAUCCUACUAGACUGGAUAGAGAAAUCUGGUUAGAGAGCAGAAGGUGCUAACGACCCACCAACGACCGGGGUUAACGAAGCUGUUGGGCCAAUGCACACACCAGCGGUGAACGGGCAAAUAAUGUACUGUAUCAGUGCAGUUCCUCACUGAUUGCAGCUCUGGUCGAUCAAACACUGAGUGUUUUCCUGGCCAGGUCCACAUACAUCUCUUGCAUUAAAGAUGGAAAUACCGAGUUUGAUCAAAUCAGCGUAGCACCCCCUUAGCUGACUUCUGUCAAAGGAUGCUCUCCAAGGGAAAGUCUAAAAGGGUUCCUCUUACUAGCAGGCAUAAGCUGUGAUCAUUUAAUAAAAGUAUUGUUUAAAUUAUAAAAUUUUUGUAUGGGGAAUAUACAUUCCUGAGUUCUGAGUGCCUGCUGGAACAGCUCUGGUGUAGAGGAGUUGAUGCUCAUAAAUCUGGGCUCAGUCCUACGUGACGGCGGCUGCUGAUUGCUCUGCCUGAAACAAGGUGCACAAGGUGAGAAAUGCUUCCAAGAAUAGCUCCUAGCAGGUAUGUCAGGCCUUAGAAACCUGUGUUUCCUUUUGAGAUGGUAUUUUCUGCCUUAUCAGUAAAAGAAAACCUUCUGUGCAAGAUAUGUGGUUGCUGAAUAGAAAAAGGUUCUUGUAUGUACUCUGUAAUUUACUGACACUCGCUAGUAAGCUUUGUGGAAAUUGCAAUUACUGUA